GCAUUUGAGAUCAAGCCAACUUUGGACUUCUCCUUCUUCCUCUUCCAUCUCCUACAAGAAAAAUAUCAAAAGCCAUCAUUCAAUUUCAGUUCAGAUAAGGUUUCACUGAAGACUCACAGUGACCCUCCUCCACCCUCACUGCACCACCGCCUCCCGCCGCCGCCACCGCCGCCGCCGCCUCCACCAUGCUCUCUCUAGCCCUCAUCAACACCACCCACACCCACCACCACCACCAAUUCUUCAACCCCACCACCACCACCACCACCCUUAAGCCCCUCACUUCCCCUUUCCUCCACCACCCCCACCACCACCACUCGGCCGGCCCGAGGCCCAUCUCCGCCAGCCUCAACCCGAGCCCUCUAAUCCCGGCCUCCCCUCCGCCGCAGCAGCAGCGUGUCUACCAGCCCUUCCGCCCUCCCCCCUCCCCGCUCCCCUCCCAGUUCCGCUCCCUCGACACCGCCGGCCGCCUCGACAUCCUCGCCAACCGCCUCGGCCUCUGGUUCGAGUACGCCCCACUCAUCCCCUCCCUCAUCCAGGAGGGCUUCACCCCUCCCUCCAUCGAGGAGGUCACCGGCCUCUCCGGCGUCGAGCAGAACCGCCUCGUCGUCGCCGCCAAGGUCAGGGACUCCUUGAUCCAAUCCCAAACCGACCCCGAUGUCGUCGCCGCCUUCGACUUGGGCGGCGCCGAGCUCCUCUACGAAAUCCGGCUCCUGAGUGCCGCGCAGCGGUCCGCUGCGGCGGAAUUCAUAGUUAGGAAUAAGUUCGACGCGAAGGGCGCGCAGGAUCUCGCCCGCGCCAUGAAGGACUUCCCUCGCCGGCGCGGGGAUAAGGGGUGGGAGAAGUUCGAGUAUAAAUUGCCCGGAGACUGCUUGUCGUUCAUGUAUUAUAGGCAGAGUAGGGAGCAUAGGAACCCGUCGGAGCAGAGGACGUCGGCAUUGGAGCAGGCGCUGACCGCGGCGGAGACGGAGAAAGCGAAAGGCGUGAUCCUGGAGGAAUUGGAAGGGAAAGGCGGAGAAGGGGAUGGAAAAGAACGGGAAGUGCAGGGUGGGGUUCGGGUACCGGUGGUGAGGAUGAAGAUGGGGGAGGUGGCGGAGGCGAGCUCCGUGGUGGUGUUGCCGGUCUGUCGGGCGGAGGAGAGGGAAAGGGAGAUCUUGGAGGCGCCGUGGGGGUGCAAGAGCCAAGGGGAGUUCGGGGUGGUGGCGGCGGAGAAAGGGUGGGCGAGGUGGGUGGCUCUGCCGGGAUGGGAGUCGGUGUUGGGAAUGUCCGGCGGAGUGGUGGUGGCAUUCCCGGACGCGAGGGUGUUGCCGUGGAAGGUGAAUAGGUGGUACAAGGACGAGGCCAUCUUGGUUGUUGCUGACAGGGGGAGGAAAGAGGUGGUCGAGGACGAAGGUUUUUAUAUGGUGGCGGCGGAUGCUGAUGCCGAUGGCGGCGGCGGCGGCGGCUACGGAUUGAAGGUGGAGCGGGGGUGGAGAUUGAAGGAGAUGGGGGUUGGGGAGAGCCUAGGGACAGUGGUGUUGGUGGUGAGGCCACCAAGAGAAGAGAUUGAGGAUCAAUUGAGUGAUGACGAUUGGGAGUGAAAGGCAACAGCAUGAACAUGAGAAGUGUGUCGAUCUACAAAUAUUGAUACAGAUCAACAUACAACCCGGUUCGAUUUGAGACUAUGGUCGAACAUGAACGCAGUUUGAACAUGAACUUUUCAGGUUGAAAUGGGUUUUUUUUAUAAAUUGCCCAUUUUGGAUUUUUGGGAGGAGCCCUCUUUUGAUGUUUCCUCUGUUGUUGUCUAAAAUAUGAGACUUGUUCAAUUGGCAGAUCAUCCCUGUAGCACUUCAGUUUUCCCUUUAUUCAUCAGGAGGGGGUAUACCUCUUUACACACACGUAUGAAAUUCGACAUGUAAUAACAUCUCUGGAAAUUCAUUAAUCCGCUGGUUCU